AUGGCAAGAGGGCUUGGAGGUUCAGAGGGAGGCAGGAGGGGAUCUGCAGCACCAGCCCCCCCCGCCCCCCCCUUUCUCCUCCACCCCUGCUGCGGGUGCAGCAGUGGGGGGAAGGGGAUCUGCAGCAGCAGUGGGGGGAGGGGAUUUGCAGCAUCAGCCCCCCCCCCCCCGCCCUUUUCUCCUCUCUCUCUCCCUGCCGCACCCUGUGUUGGGAGCUUGGAGGUUCAGAGGGAGGCAGGAGGGGAUCUGCAGCACCAGCCCCCCCCGCCCCCCCCUUUCUCCUCCACCCCUGCUGCGGGUGCAGCAGUGGGGGGAAGGGGAUCUGCAGCAGCAGUGGGGGGAGGGGAUUUGCAGCAUCAGCCCCCCCCCCCCCGCCCUUUUCUCCUCACUCUCUCCCUGCCGCACCCUGUGUUGGGAAGGGGGGGGAGCUUGGAGGUUCAGGGGGAGGCAGGAGGGGAUCUGCAGCACCAGCCCCCCCCGCCCCCCCCUUUCUCCUCCACCCCUGCUGCGGGUGCAGCAGUGGGGGGGAGGGGAUCUGCAGCAGCAGUGGGGGGAGGGGAUUUGCAGCAUCAGCCCCCCCCCCCCCCCCCCCCCCCUUUCUCCUCUCUCUCUCCCUGCCGCACCCUGUGUUGGGGAGGGGGGGGAGCUUGGAGGUUCAGAGGGAGGCAGGAGGGGAUCUGCAGCACCAGCCCCCCCCCGCCCCCCCCCCUUUCUCCUCCACCCCUGCUGCGGGUGCAGCAGUGGGGGGAGGGGAUCUGCAGCAGCAGUGGGGGGAGGGGAUUUGCAGCAUCAGCCCCCCCCCCCCCCCCGCCCUUUUCUCCUCUCUCUCUCCCUGCCGCACCCUGUGUUGGGAGCUUGGAGGUUCAGAGGGAGGCAGGAGGGGAUCUGCAGCACCAGCCCCCCCCGCCCCCCCCCCCUUUCUCCUCCACCCCUGCUGCGGGUGCAGCAGUGGGGGGAGGGGAUCUGCAGCAGCAGUGGGGGGAGGGGAUUUGCAGCAUCAGCCCCCCCCCCCCCGCCCUUUUCUCCUCUCUCUCUCCCUGCCGCACCCUGUGUUGGGAGCUUGGAGGUUCAGAGGGAGGCAGGAGGGGAUCUGCAGCAUCAGCCCCCCCCCCCCCCCCCUUCCCAGCCCACUUCUCCUCCAUCCCCCUGCUGCAGGUGCAGCGGUGGGGGGGAGGGGAUCUGCAGCCCUGUGCUGCCCUGCAGCCCUGCGCGACCUGCUGUCCUGCUGCCCUGCGCGCCCUGCGCGCACUGCAGCCCUGCGCGCCCCGCGCGCCCUGCUGCCCUGCAGCCCUGUGCGCCCUGCUGCCCUGCAGCCCUGUGCGCCCUGCUGCCCUGUUUGCCCCUUGCGCCCUGCUGUCCUGCUGCCCUGCGCGCCAUGCGCGCCCCGCGCGCCCUGCUGCCCUGCAGCCCUGUGCGCCCUGCUGCCCUGCUGCUGCCGCUACAGCCCUUGCUGUUGCCGCUACAGCCCUUGCUGCUGCCCUGCGCGCCCUGCAGCCCUGCUGCGCCCCGCGCGCCCUGCUGCCCUGUGCGCCCCGCGCGUCCUGCAGCCCUGCGCGCCCUGCGCGCCCUGCUGUCCUGCUGCCCUGCGCGCCCUGCGCGCACUGCAGCCCUGCGCGCCCCGCGCGCCCUGCUGCCCUGCAGCCCUGUGCGCCCUGCUGCCCUGUUUGCCCCGCGCGCCCUGCUGCCCUGCAGCCCUGUGCGCCCUGCUGCCCUGCUGCCCUGUGCGUCCCGCGCGCCCUGCAGCCCUGUGCGCCCCGCGCGCCCUGCAGCCCUGCGCGCCCCGCGCGCCCUGCUGCUCUGCAGCCCUGUGCGCCCUGCGCGCCCUGCAGCCCUGUGCGCCCCGCUGCCCUGCAGCCCUGUGCGCCCUGCUGCCCUGCUGCCCUGUGCGCCCCGCGCGCCCUGCAGCCCUGUGCGCCCUGCGCGCCCUGCUGCCCUGCUGCCCUCUGCCGCUGA